UCCGCAACAGUGGGACCUCCGCCCAUGGAGGUGAACACAUACCUGGAGCUCUACCUGGACCGAUGCGCUGCCCAGGAUGACCUUGCCCUACCAGUGUCUCCCCUGUUCAGCCCAGUUGUACCUUAUGAGGGGUACUUACCUAAUCCAUCCAAUUCAGAGAUUGUACUUAGUUCACAACUUGAAGUCAGAGAAACGUCCGGUGAUUUCUCAUCUGUGGAUCUUAGCUUCCUGCCAGAUGAACUUACCCAAGAAAAUAAAGACCAGACUAUCAUUAAAAGCAAGUGUGAAACUGAAGAAAAUUGUAAAACUCGACAAAAUAGCUUGCCAUUACCCAGCGAACAGCUGAGCGUAAAAAGCAGCAGUUUAUCAAAUUCCCAUUCACAUCUGCACCCUGGUAGUGCUGAUUCAAUCUGGCUCUCUUCUGAGAAAACAAACUCUGACACCUUGCCUCUGUCAUCCAUAACUCCCAUGACUCCAGUGACCCCUCUUUCAGAAUGUUCUGGAAUUGUGCCUCAAAUACAGAACAUAGUUUCCACUGUAAACCUGGCCUGUAGACUGGAUCUGAAGAAAAUAGCUUUGCAAGCCAAAAAUGCAGAAUACAACCCAAAGAGGUUUGCCGCAGUCAUAAUGAGGAUCCGAGAGCCCAGGACAACAGCCCUCAUAUUUAGCUCUGGGAAAAUGGUUUGCACAGGAGCCAAAAGUGAAGAGCAAUCUCGACUAGCAGCAAGAAAGUAUGCUCGUGUGGUACAGAAGCUUGGGUUCCCUGCCAGAUUUCUCGAUUUUAAAAUUCAGAACAUGGUUGGAAGCUGCGACGUGAGAUUUUCCAUCAGGCUGGAGGGUUUGGUGCUAACCCAUCAGCAGUUCAGUAGUUAUGAACCUGAACUGUUUCCUGGCCUUAUUUAUAGAAUGGUAAAACCACGAAUUGUGUUGCUUAUCUUUGUAUCUGGGAAAGUUGUGUUGACAGGUGCCAAAGAACGUUCUGAGAUCUAUGAAGCAUUUGAAAACAUCUAUCCUAUUCUAAAAGGUUUUAAAAAAGCCUGAGCCUGUUAUUCAACAUUAUAUUAAUUGAAUUAUGUACAUAAGUCCAGCAUAGCAACAGCUGAAUUCUUGCAACUUUAAUUGUAGAUGUUCAAGUUUAUUUUGGCUUUUCAUAGGGUGGUUGAUUCUAUGUGAGUAACCAUGCUUAAGAAAUGAAGAAAAUUUCUU